UCACUGAAGGAUCGGAGGGUCAAGGUUGACGAGGAGUCACUUCCAAGUGGCCACUUUCCAAGCCUGAGCAUGCCAGAUAGGCUCGCAGAGAUAGUGCUCAAAUACUGUGCAUAGGAUAAAAAGUAAAAACUGAUGGUCUCACAGGGUUACACACCGGCUGCAUCUUUGUUUGCCUGCAGCGCCAGGCCGCCCGUCUGACUAGGAUCUGAUGCAUGCUCCCGUUUCCAACCUAACAGAACUGAUUAAUCAUGUUUGCAGCUGGAGAGUGAGGUCUAUUUUUGAAUCUUUUUGGUUCCCCCCCAACCCCCUCCAAGUUUCAGUCCCCGACUCAUGAUUUAUACUUUAUACCUUUGCCGACCAAGGGCAACUCCAAAACCAAUACGGCUGGAGUGGUUCACCCCAAGAUUGAGGCUAAGAUGCCGCCCAAGAUCAACGACUUGCAGCGAUUCGGUUGCGGAAAGGGGUGCAGUAAUCACCUAGACCUUUUCCCACCAAGACCUGGAUCUGGAUGGACCGACGACGACCUCCAGAGCCUCGCGUGCACAAGAACUGUUCUGUCAGACCCGUUGCUGAACAAGAUCCUCGCCCUCCUCGACGUCCAACAAGUCGGCAUCGAAAUCCAACUUCAGAAGCACGUCAGGGACACUACCUUGAUCAAGAGACUCGGGGAAGGACUGCUGCCAUUUCAGGUGAAAAAUCGCCUCGCAAUCCCGGAGAGGAAGUUCGUCUUGAUCCCGUGGCGUCCCGAUCAGAAAGCGGCUGGUAUUAGCCGACUACUACUGCUUGCCAUCUGCUUCCCGGGAUUCUUGACAGGAAAAGACAGCCUCGUCUGUUUGGUGUACGACAUCUUGGCCAAGCCAAACGUCAAGUCUGAGCCUUGGCCUGAAGGCUGUGACCAGGCAGUCCAACAUGCCUGUUCGUUGGUGGCACAUUCCUACAACAUCCAGAAUCCUGGCCAAAAAAAGUAUGAAGUCUGUCGUGCGGUUCUGGCGCCUCCCACGGGAGGGGACGAUGCCUCGAUUCCGCACCUGGGUGUGAUAAAUACGGUCCAGAGGAUCCUGGAGAGCCGCGGUGCGCAACUCAGAGUCGACUUCAGGGCUGAGCCGCCAUCUCUUCGCACACCUUACGACGUCAGGAAAGCGGUGCUUGGUCUGAUAGGCAACCACUAUGGUUCCGUGCCUCCCUCGACUCCUGCCAAAGAUGCAUGCGAGAAGAAUAAUCGUGGCGGGCUUUCAACUUCGCAAAGCGAGGGUCGUCUGGCCACUUCCGAGCCAAGCCCGACGCGAGCAUGGAAGAAGGGAGGUGCCGCUGCACCCCGUGCGGAUGGGGAACAGGGGGGAUGGGCAUCCAAUGACGAGGACGAGCUCUCCCUCGUCGGUGCUCACGCCUUGAUGGGAACUCGGAACGGGAGUACUAGGGCCAGGGCUGCGAGCCGAUCUUCCCUUCCUCCUCGACAGCCAAGGUCCCUGGAGGAUGGCGGAAACGGGCACUCCAAAGGCGGAAGCCGGCCUGCGACCGGGAAUAAUGGCGCCGGAAGCAAUGGCGCCGGGAACCAUGGUUCCAACAUAACGACAGGGCCAGAACAAAGAUCGCUGACCGUUGACCUCCAAUGCUGCAAGGCCGUGACCAUGUCUUCGCCAGCGGGUACGGAAAAUAGCGGCGCUCCGACUGAGAGGAGCACACCGCUCACCACGCCAGACGGCUCCCUCGCCAAGGGCGGAGCCACUUCACCGGCCGAGGCCAGCCGCUCGCGCCCGAGCGAGCCACGCGCGAUGCAGCCGGCCAAUGCAGCAAUCGUCCCAGCCUUGAAGCGGGCCGCCGAGGGUCCGGACGAAGGCGAGUCGGCAACACAGCGCAGACGCCUGGAGGUCGCCGGAGCGCAGGAGAGGUCGCCAAUCUCAGUGCUCCUGGACCGGGUGCUGUCGGAGGCGGUGGGGAUUGGCCCGCAGGUGGAGGCCUUGCGGGAGGCGGAGAAGUCGGCUGAGCAGGGUCUCAGGCGCGUGGUCGACGGGAUGAAGACGCACAUCGAGACGAACGUGUUCAGCUGUGGGGGCCUUGUCAACGCGGAGUUCCUGGUGCUGGAGAAGGAGAGGGAGCGCGAGGCGGUGAACCUCAAGAGGAUUACGGAGGACAAGAGGUUCGCUGAGGGAGAACAAGAAAGGGUCCAGCUGCUCUGCCGGGAGUUCUUGAAGAGGUUUGAUUAGCAUGGGGUUCGCCUCGGCCAGGUUUCUGCAGCGCCUGUACGUCACAAGGCAUGGAAAAGUACUGCUAUGAGCUAUGAUAGGUAUUAAAUUA